CUAGCUCAAAAUGCUGGAAAAUCAAAAUGCUAGAAAUUGAAUGUGGUCGUCAGAAUCAGGAUCAGCGCUCCUGCGAAUCAAGCUUUGGAAGGCGUCUUAAUGAGCAGGACGGAGUGACGCCUGCACAGCUGCGAGGUGAACGCUAUUCAUGUAGGCAGGCCAGCAAUCCGGGCAAGAUGGCCAGGCGGAGUAAAAGUAAAAAGUCGAGUUGCAGAAAGAAAAGUAGUCACGUGGAUCCAGAGGCCGCAGAAGAAAGGAUCUUGGCCGCGUACGGCCUUGGAAUAGGCUGUACCCUUUCAGAUUCUGACAGCAGCGGUAGCGAUGGGGACGGUGUCAGCCCCUCUCCUGGAGAAUCAAAAGGUUCCUCAACAGCGGGGAGACUCCAUUCUUUCACCACAUUUUCUCCAAUUAAUCUCAAAACGCAGAAAGGCGUGCGGCCAGAUCAUGGUCUUGUGGACUUGCAUAUGCACAGCACAUGCAGCGACGGCCGGCUCUCGCCAACAGAGCUGGUGAGGAAGGCUGCAGCGAAUGGCGUCAGGAUCAUGGCGCUCACAGAUCAUGACACCAUGGCGGGGGUUGAGGAGGCGGCGGAAGCAGGAGCGCAGCUUGGCGUCAGGGUCAUCCCUGGCGUCGAGAUCUCCGCAUUUGCGAGCAAGCCCUCCGACCCCCUCCAGGGCGAAGUCAUCCACAUCCUGGCCUACUUUGCCCCUGGAGGCCCCAGCAACCCCGGGGACUUCCACCGGGCGCUCUCGAGGAUUCGUACUGGACGCCUUGGGCGGGCAAAGUGCAUGGUGGACAAGCUCCGGGCGCUUGGGAAGCCUAUCAAGCUCUCUCGGGUAGUUGAGAUUGCGGGCCCGGGGGUGGCUCCCGGGCGGCCACAUGUAGCGCGGGCGUUGCUUGAGGCGGGGCAUGUGGCUUCGGAGAAGGACGCGUUUGGGCUGUACCUGAGGGAUGACGGGCCUGCCUUUGCCAGGGGUUGCGAGAUCCCCGCUCUUGAGGCCAUUCCGCUCAUCCGGCGCUGUGGCGGCGUGUCUGUGCUGGCGCACCCGUGGUCCAUCCGGAAAGACACCAUGGCGAUUGUUGGGCGGUUAGCCGCAGCCGGUCUCGACGGGAUCGAGGUGUACCAGGACUCCACCAAGAUCACGGCCUACGGCCCCUUAGCGGACCUGUACAAAUUACUCAAAGUUGGGGGAUCGGACUUUCACGAGACUGGGGCUGCAGACGAAAGGGAACCGGGGAAGAUCCCUUUUCAGCCCGCCGCAGCUGAGAAGCUGCUGUUGGCUGCAAAGCCGAUCUGGGAAGAAGCGCUCCGGUUGAGAGUCAGAGACUUUAUUCAGAGUGGGCCUGGUUGCUCGGGUGUCGAGGAGGGAGGGCUGGAAGCCUGUGCAAAUUUGUCACAAACGAACGGUAGAGAAGCGCUGUCGGAAGAAACACCGAGACGAGGGGAGGAAAACGUUCAGAGCGCCUCGGCAGAUUCGGAAGGGACGAAAGGGGGCCCGAAGUACAUGACGUGGACGUUCUCGCGAAUCGAAGGUUCGCGAACGUUGCUCACGCCGUUGCUGCUGACGCGAAGUGAUCGCAAGAUCGUCGAGGUCGAAGCGAAGCGACUCGAAUGUCGUCUAAGAGACCUAGAACGGACAGGCUACAAGUACUUCGCAAUAUCGCCUGGUUGAAUAUAAAUGGAUUUGCUGCUGACGGUCUUGUUUGCUCU